AUGUCUGUGACAAGUACUUCGACGCAGCGGUCGACGCCAUCACGGAGUGGAACAGUCAGCUCGGACAGAAGCACCUCGUCCAAGGCAUCUUCAGUGGCUGGUCCCGACUCGACACCUUCGGCCGCUGCCAAGAGGCAGGCUGAAGCUGUUCGCGGAACAUGGGCAGAUCAGCCAUUCUCUCUACUGAAGAGUCCUUCAGUCGCACACGAUGCCCGACACCCAGCUGUGUUUGUCGCCAAUGACAUGACACAUCAACACAAUGCGGCGCUACGAGGACUGAAUGCCAUCUAUCUACAGGCACCUCAUCUGCAGGACCUCCAAGACAUUACAGACCUAUUGUUCUUAGUGCAAUGCUGGGGGCUCUGGGUUCAAUACUACGAUAAUCUCAGACGGAAUAGCAUAUUUCCCCAGUUCGAGGAGGCUCUCCAAAAGCCAGGAUUCCUUUUGGCCCGAAUUCAGGAGGAGACUGAUUUCAUACCUUCUCUAGACCGCCUUCUCCACUAUGUGCAGGAAACCCACGCGCAAGUCGAGACAUAUGAUGCCGGAAUCUUUCAAGGCCUGAUAAACGACGUCGGUGUGCCUUUCCGAUCGCACCUCGCCGACACAAUUUCCAUCCUUCUUGAAAUCCCUUGGCUCUGCGACCAGAUGAACUCGCCCGAGGCCAAAUUCAAGGCCGGCCGCAUCUCGCAAAUCUACCGCAAGAUUGACAAGGAGGCCAGCGGGGCCAUGGACAUGCACAUUGUCCCGCCCAUGCUCAUGCGGAUGCGCGAUACCACAUCUGCUGGGGGGAGAAACUGGCCGGGAGUGUCGCUCAUUGCACUGCACACCAUUGACAAGACGCUGUCAAGAACGCACGCGGGGGCGUGGAGGUUUCUCCCAUGUGACGUCUGGGGAAAGCCAAGAGAGCUUCCGUUCUUGGGUCAGGAUGUAGGGAAAAGCAAAAAAGUCACCAUCAAGAUCGUGAGGGUAGAGUCUGAAGUACCAUCGAGAUCACCUACUCAGGGGCACGAACAGGAACAAGCCAUGAUCUAG